GUGAGGUGUCACAUUACCCCUGGACAUCUUGAUUUUACUCUCCUUUCACUCUCCACAGUCAAUCUCAGUCGAAAGCUAUAGGUUAGUAGCACAAAUGGUCCACUCGUCGGCAGGCAAGUCGACACUUGCCAAAUGCAGCAUCAAGCAACAGAGGUACUCAACGAGAUACUUUCCCGGUACUUGUGUCGGACUAGGCAGUUUUCUUGGAGGUGGCCGUCUCCAUGUUGGACCAGCCUCGACGUUGAAAAGCUGGUACAGCAUCUUACCACAGUGCCAUGUACUCAUGAUUGAUGUGGCCCCUGGCCGUUGCCCCUUUGGCCUGCCAUCUGAUGCCAAAUGGGUACAUGUAGCUGCGAAAAGAUGCCCAUCCCUACAUCAGGUGGCUUUUUCCGAUGCAUGUACCCGACAUGUCCAUCAUUAGCCUCGCGCUAAAUCAAAGGCAACUCGAAUCUUUCUGGAGGUACUUCAUGCUCCGCUGUCAAAACUAGACGUGUAGGACCAGAGAGAGAACCACAAGACAGGGCGACGGGCCAAGGUCAAGACCGUGGUAGCACAUCAUGUCAAGGGAAAUAUCCCUGGGGGAACCAGGCCUGUCCAUGUCGUGUGUGCCCACCCUUCAGCGUUUCUGGCGCCGCCGUCAUCGCAAAGGACUGCCAGCGACCCAUCAUACAGCUGACAGAAAUGGAUGCAAACAGAUGACCCAAUACACACAGGGUACGUGGGGGAACUAACCGACCUUAUACCUAUCGAACGAGAAACGGACAGCACGAGGUGAUACACAAGUCUUUAUAACAUCAUGACACUUGCAUGUCCACCCUUCCCUCCCCCCCUUUUUUUCCUCUCCUCGCCUGACUUUCUUCCUCUUCACUCGUCUAGUGUCUUAUCUUGUCUCGCUCGGUUUCUUUCUUUGCUCCUGAUAGUGAAACUGGACCUUGUGCCAAGCUCAACAUUUCACAGAUCACAUCAUACAUCCCUAUUCUGCCCCUUGUGUCUUUUGGGUCUCUUCUGUUUCAUCAUCCCCGCUCAUCGAGAGGGAGACAAAGGCCAUACAACCAAGCCAGCUUUCCGCUCACUCUGCACGUCCAAGACAGUCUGACGAAAUCAACUUGAGGACACCAAUCGAUUGUCAACUACUGGAUCGGACGUAGAUUACGCUGGGGGAAGGUUUUGUUUUUGAUUCAGACCAAUUCCAGAAGUUGGGACCGGAAAGGUCUUUGGCGUCCGCCCCCCGCUUCCCCAUCUAUCAAACCAGAACAGCAGGGGAGACCAGUCCUGGGAGACUUCAGCUUUGGGCCCGGGUUUUGCUGUCUUGGUUCCUGCCCAUAACUCAGCCCCGACUCUCGACUCCAGGGGGAUCGUUUUUUUGUUUUCCAUUCUCGGUGAGAGGUGUUCGAGGCGAGUCGCAGCCUAUCAGGGCAUCCACGGCGGCCGAUUUGUAUCCUAGGGCCAGGUUCCAGUCUGCUUCAUUCUGGAUCGAUCGGAAUUUCGAGUUGCGGUGUUAAGUGACCGGACAAUUUACACCCUCUGCACACAACGCUGCUGUACCCCCCCUCCCCCACCCACCAUCACCAGACACACGCUCAACCUGUCAGCUAUUCUACGUCUCGAUAAUAAUAACCACACUCGCAAGCCACAGCAGACGACAGAGACAGACAAGUCUAAACAACAGCCAGACUUUGAGACUCACUCUCUAAAACCAAGGACGAAGGCGAGAAACCGGAAAAUUCAAAUGGUGUCCCAGACCCAGUCCCAGUGUUAUACCCCUUCCUCCUCGUCGUCUUCAUCGUCGUCUUCGUCGUCCUCGGGUUCUACGACAUCCGACACUCACACCACACUCAUCGGCGGCGGCGGACUCGUCCCAGGACUCGGUGGACUCGGCCUACCUCCACGACUCGGCAGCCGAUCGAGUUACAACAACACUAGCCGACCGUAUCCAGCUGUAUAUUAUUCAUCUCCCACUAGUUUGCCGUCUCUGGACUCUGAUAGACACCACCACCGUCACCACGGGCACGGCUACCAGCUUCCUUCACACCCUCUUCACGACGGCCACUCGCGUGGACACCUGAGUAUGUCUGAUCAAGGAGGGCACGGAGGUAUGGAUGGGUCAGACUCCACACCACAAAGAAAAAGAAUCGCUGUUGCUUGUGGAAGGUGUAGAAAGCGAAAGAUCAGAUGCAGUGGUGACCCGGGGCAAGGGCAGCCAUGCUCGAACUGCAAGAAUGCCAAUGCCGAGCCGUGUCAGUUUCUAAGGGUUCAAUCAAGAGAAGCCCCUUUUAUCCGAAGUGAGCCGGUUGGCGAUAGCCCUUUUGGCUACAAUGUUGGUGAUGCCAGAUUAUACCACGCAUCCCGCGCGCCCACGUAUCAUGCCUCUCCCAGUCCGCACGCAACAGCCUACGCUUCCGACCUUUUAUCCACCACUGGGCAUCAUAUGGGACACGGCAGCACUACCGACAUUACAGGUAUCUCAUCGUACAGAGGCAGCACACAUGGCGGCGGCUACUCAUACGUCCCGGUCAAACCAGCGUAUUACACGGCCGCAUACAGCUCCUCGCCACACGGCCUAGCGUACGGGGUCCACUCUGAUGUGGACAACUUUGGGGGUUAUGGUUUGCCGGUCCCCACCGGAGAAGCCCAUCACGAUGCCCCCAGCGGCAUCCCGGUCAUGUCCAUGCCUGGGGCCCCAGCUUGGCCAUCUAGCAGGAGCAUGAAAUCUCCGAGCGGGUACGGCAGCAUGUAUCUGGAUCCAGAAGUAACCGCAUCCCCAACCACCUACACAACCCCCCCACCAUCGGCCUACUCAGCAGUCCGGGGCCACUCAGCCGCCGGGGACGGGCCGAAUUUCUCCUUCACAAACAUGUCAGCUUCGUUGCCAUCGUCUCAGUCGGAUCGUGUGCUUCCUGUUCCUUCUUCCACCGCCGCCACCACCACCAUUACGACCAGUCACCGCUCCUCCACCUACCCACCUCUCUCAGGGGCCAACAAACCCCCAACGGCCACAGAAUCGAGCUACGACAGCUACGGCUCCUCUCGCACCGAGUCCAGCGGCCCAGAAAGUAUCUUUAGCGACUCGGAACGCGCUGCAGCCUUCUCGAACAGCCAGGGGCCAGCAGCCUUUGACAUGAGCCCGUACGGCACCAGCUCCGGGUCGACCGACGCUUCUGGCCGAAGGGACUCUGCAUACGCCGCGGCGGGGGCUGGACACGAGACUGGCGGUGGGCAUGACGGGCCGUCGCUGCCUUCCCUGUCGUCUGCGUAUGAGAGGCAUCAUGCUGCUGUUGCCACCCGGCACUAGUCUCGGGUUUUGUGUAGAGUGAUGUUUGGUUGGUUGGAGGCACCUACCUACCUGGUAAUCAAUCCCAGGUGGCAACACACACACAAGACGUGCGUGUGGGUCAAGGCCCAAAUAUGGGGGUGGCUGGCUGGCUGAGCAUGGAAAAUAGAACAGUGCGUUGAGGUGUGGAUGGGCACUGGCCGAAGUCGACAACACCAACAAUUGUGCGAGUCGAGGUUGGGGGUUACACAGCUGAAGAGGAGGGAAGGUCUAUCUUGAGCGCCCUCCUACUCCACACCCACCACCUAUCUACAUGGAACAGAGGGAGACAGCAGCACCAACAAACCUGACAACUCGAUGCGAAGCAGCCACCCGUCGUCGUUCUUGCUUUCCUUUUUUUCUCUCUUCCCUCUCUAAUCAAAAUUGGCACGAUCUUGCUGUGAAAGCAACAGGCAAAGAUCCCAGUGAGCGAUUGAUUUUUUAGUUGUAUUUCUUUUCCCUCGUUUUGGCAUGGUUGUCUCUGUUUUCGUUUUUCACUUUUGAUUUUUUUGCUCCUUCUGGUCUAGGUAUCUCAAUGUUGACCUCUCAAAACCUUGAAAGAAAAAGCAUUGGCUCUCUUUUUUCCUUCUCUUUCUUUGGUUGUGUAUCGCUAUCAACAUCAAAAGAUUCCCCCAAAAUCGCAAUUUACUGUCACAAGAAUACAGAGAAGGAGAGAUGCAAGAGGAAAAGCCGGAG